AUGCAAGCUCUACAUUUUAUGUACGCUGUUGGUGGAAUAAUAUCACCGUUAGCUACAGCUCCGUUUCUUGGCAUUCAUACAGACAAAGUUCUUGCUACGUACAUAAAUGUUUUGACACUUUCUUCAUUCGGACUAAUGAUCACCACAUUAUAUCAAAAAGACAUCGGAAUUUGGAUUUUCGUACCUAUGUCUGGAUUUUGCCAGUCAAUCUUGUUUCCUUUGUUGUUAUUCUGGAUAGAAGAAGACUUUUUAAAAGUUACUGGAAAGAUAGUUUCAGUAAUUAUGUUUCUAGGUUCAAUUGGUACUAUGGUAACACCAAUCAUAAUAGGGUAUCUGAUUGACCUUUUCACGCCUGUAUGGUUCCCUUACGCUGAGAGAUAA